GAACUGAUAAAAGAGGAGCAGGAAGCAAUGGGAGCCUGCAACACGUUGGCCAGGAUUUCCUUGUAGGGCUGAGAAGUCUAACCAAGUCAUUUGCAUGUCCCUCUUUUGCUCUUGUUUACCGAGCGGGACAGGAGCUGCAUGAGGACUCGGGCUCAGCUCACUGUGCAUCUUACCCAGGCUCCUCGCUCAGCGGCACUGGGCGGCUAACGCUGAUGUAAAAACCAGGAAUUAUCCGGGUCCGUCCGAUUCCACAGUUUCAUGCCAUGGCGUCUGAAGGAGCUCCGGCCAAGAGGAGCAAGCUAGUGGCCUCCAGGGUCCACUGGAGCCCCAUGGACCUACCCGAGGACCAGGUCUCUCACGGAAACUGGAGCCGGGACAGUGUCAGGAAAUGGCUCACCACCACUGUGACUGAGGAAGAUGCAAAGCGUGAGCCACUGCGGGAAGCUGCAGAGCCUCUGAGGAGGAACGCCAGCGCUGACGAUGACCUGGCCUUGGGUGUUGAAGCGUCUUUAUAUGGUAGCCAGGGAGUGAGGACGGUCCAGGAGUUUCUGAGGUGGCGCAGGUCAGAUCCUGCUCUCUGCAGGUGGAACAGCGUCAGCACAGCAGUUUCAGCUCACUCUGGACCACUCAGUGUAAUGGACGUACUCAACCUGUGGAAUGAUGACCCAGAGGAGGUUCUCUUGGACCUGGGCUUUGGCUGUGAUGAACCUGACCUCUCUGGACGCAUCCCGGCUCGAUUCAUCAAUCAUCAGUCUCAGGCCAAAGGAAUAAACCUCCAGGUGUUUCUGGAGGCCCAGAAGAGCCGGCUAGACCUGGAGAACCCAGAUGUCAGCAAUCGUUUUAGACAGCUUGAGGUUCUCCAGCAGGUAACUACAGCAUUCUCGUCCUUGAUGGGGUCUUCGUCGCCCUCGCCUCUCACAGCACCACUGGGGAGAGCCCUGACUCCCGAGGCCCGGGAGAGGAGGCAGCGCAUAGGCAUGCUGUUCAGACGAGCGUCAAGGAAUUCACUCAGCCAAAUCCACAACCCUAAAACCCAGGACCUAACUACACCUGCUGCCACCUCUUCUCCCUGUGCUACGCUUGAGUCACUGCAACCUCCAAUCAGUCUUGGAGAGAAGAAAGUCCUCUUAAAAAGAGUCAAACCUGGACUUUCGGAGACUGUGUGUUUGAGUCCGCUGGCAGAGGAGCUAGGUGCCGUUCCAGACCCUCAGCCCCAGCCUAUUGUGGCCCCUUUGAUAGUCCAGGAGGGAGCAGUCAGACCCUGGCCAAUGACGGAAGCUCACCCCCAGACAGCCAACACUUUUUCACUGAAGCGGAAGGCCAGGGAAUCAUUUGAAAUGGAAGAGAUCCAAAGUUUUGAUGAAACUAGUGUCACAGGGAGCUACACAGGAGGAGCAGAAAAUUUAGCGCGGUGUGUAAUACGGACCAACAGCUGCCAGUCAGACAGCAGUGGGUUUUUAGAGGAGCCCUUCAUCCCCUCGCUCUCUCAGCAGGCGGCCCCGGGACCCGAUCUCAUCAAGGCUCUGUCGGGCCUAUCAGGAGGAAGCACUGACAGCCAGAGCAGUGAGAGGCCGGGCUCCCCCUCUCCUUCGCCUCUUACCCCUCCUCCAUCAUCUCUGACUUCUUCUGGUGGGGACAGAUCUCUUAUUUCCCCACCCAGUCCUUCAGCAGAGCGGUCGUUAGAGUUCAGCCCUUCCUUGUCUUCUGACUCAUUGUGUCCUCCUAAAUCGGACCUGCCGCCAUCUCCAGGGACGGAGACAGCACCAGAUCAGGAUCAGGCUCCACCUGCUUCACCGCCUCCAUUGGCGUGCGAGUACCUUUCUCCUCGCUCUCCCUCGCCCGGGUUACAGAACGAAACUCACUCCCAAUCCCCAACUCUCCCUUCGCCUGCCGUCGUCACUUCUCUCUCCCCUCCAUCUUCCCCCAUGCAACCUGGGUCAUUGAUUGGAGGGUCCGAGGAAAUUAAAACUGAGGACAACGAUGCUCCAUGCCCCCACCUUUCUACUCUAUUUAACGACUCUGAAGGCCCAGCAUGCGCUAACGGUUCAAGGGUCCCUCAUCCUGCCUCAUCUCCUUCUCCCAUUCCAAAUUUGGAUUGUCAGUUUUCCGAGUCGAUUGCUACGCCUUCUAAACAGCCUGACUCCUCUGGGAGUCCAGAGAACACACAGUCCCAAUGGACGGAUGGGACUUCGCAUGGAAACUCCCUCUCUUCAUCUUGUGGCGUAUCAUCUCGUCCCUCUUCCCCUCCCGGUUUCCUUUGUCCAUCCUAUUUAGCUCCUCCCCCACUUGUUGAGUCCGUCUCACAGAGUCCAGAAAACAGACAAAAAGAUUCCCUUUUCCCAGACUCAGAUGGAAAAGAACUCUCUGAUUCAACAAUUACACAGAAAAAAGGGAAAGAAACUCCCUCUACUGGCUCCUUGCAGUUGGACAACAACAAUCCCUCAGCUCUAUCCUCUCUCAUUGUGGACCCCUCUGAGUUUGAGAAGAGUUGUCCCACGCUGCCCUCCCCUAAACCUUCCAUAUCAGUUUGUCAGUCUGUCAUGUCAUCGCUAUCACAUGAUUCAGAUGCUCCGAUAGAUCCAGCUGUUUCAGACCUGACGGAGCAAUCCAUCUCCCAACAGGACAGACCAUGUUCUCAUGAUUCCACAGAUGAUGAUAACACAGACCCUGUUCCAGCCUGUCCUGUCCAAGCUGUUAUUAAUGUUAAGAUGAAUCGCCUUUCCUUGGACCUUGAGGAUACCCAUCAGAGGAAUGGAAAGGGAGAGGUAGAAGGUGGGGGACAUACUGACACUGUGCAGACUCAAGAGGCUGUUUACGUCACAGAUACAGACAGUUCUGCAGGCCUGUCAGAAGGAUCUAGAUUAGUCUCUGAGGAAGUAUGUAACCAAACCGAAAUAGACCCACAGGUUCGGCCCUGUAGUUUGCAUGAUGAGCUUUCAACUGGAACCCAACCGGAAGACAAAAGGGAAAUGAAUGACUCAGAAAGUGAAUCACUUACACGUUCUUUAGUUGUGCCUGAAGAUGUUCCAGAAGAAUGUAGUAGAACUGAAGCGGAACCAAAGGAUCUAAUUAGGAUUGAGAGCUUAGAUGAGGUAUUUCAAACCUCAGUGGAUGACUCCGAAAGUGAAAAUGGAGAUAUGGAUGCCUUUUUUCAACAGCUUGAUGCUGAAGGGCGAGUCUAUUGGGCAGAACCCAUACAGGUUUCCAAUCCAUCCAGCUUUGAAACCUCAGACGGAUCCCCUGGGAAUUCUCUGUUGCCUAGCAGCCCAGCUGUUCAAGACUCAUUGCCAUCCACAGGCAGAGCUAGGGCUUCAUCGUUGUCAUCCUCAACAACAAUGGACACUGACCAAACGUCAAGAAAUGCACCUGCCUCCUCAGAUACCCCCUCGUCCUUUACCCUAGCUCCAUUCCGGUCCCCCACUGCGACCCCACACAGCAAGCUAUCAAGCCGCUCUGUUUCUGUCCAGAUGUCUUCAUCUCCAUCUUCUCAUAUUGUCCACAGGAAGGAUGUCCCCUUCAUAACCGGCUCAAAGCGCACCCUUCUCCCUAGUGUUUUCCCUGUUGACACCUCCACCCCUUUCCGUGCUGUCCAGUCAUGGACAGAUCUGCAGAUUCAACGAAACACUCUCAGCAACAAGUUAUCAUAUGGGGCUCUUCAUACUGCCCCAAAGGAGGUAACCGUAUCCACGGGUGCCUCAGAACUUCCCCCUGCACUGAACUUCUCUUCAUCUCCAUAUUCCCCUCUGCUGCCACCUGACUGUGUCCCUUGGAUGGAAAGAAACGACAGCACCAUGUCAGUCUCUGUGGAUAAAGGACUGUGGCCUGAUGAGGAGGAAGAGGAAGACAGGAAUGGAAAUGAAGACGAGGAGACGUUAUGGGAGGGGAAUCAGACUUCCACCGCGGCAUGCUGCUGCUCCUGUGACCAUCAGUGUACUCAGGAGAUGUACAGGAGGCAACACAGUCUGGAAAACACUCCUUACUCUCUGGAUGAGUUGGAGGAGAUGAUGCUGUGUGUGCAGCAGUUUCGCUCGGUGCUCAGCAACAUGGAGGAGCAGCUCUCUGAAGACCAGGCUGCAGUGUACAGCGUUCUCUCUGACCACGACAGGGAGAAGGUCCAGGACAUAGAGGAGCUUCGGCGAGCAGUGAAACGGGAAGCUGGAGAGCUGGAGAUGCAGUUGAAUGAACUGGCACAUCACUAUGACGACAGCUUGAAAAUGAAGAUGCACAGACUGUUGGAUGAGCAGUCUCUGCUCUGCUCUCAACUCAAAGUCCUUCAGCCUGAAACGGCGCCCACAUCAUCUGGCCCCGCCCCCCACAGGACAGUAGCCACUCAGUGCUGCCUGCUGCCCGGCGUUCCGCCAGGUGACGUGCAGAGUGGUCACGUCUCUGCCUGGAGCACCUGGAAUGCUGACUCCCUUAGACAGACACCGCCUGGAUCCAAGUGCAUCUGUGAGGGCCUGGGCUGUUCUCCCACUAAGGCAGACAAGCUGGACAUGAUGGGCUUCCUCCAGAGAUUGAAGGAGUCUCUGCGUCAUUCUUUGAACACAGAUUCGUUGGAAUAAAAGCCGCAUGGGAAAUCUCCUGAAAACUCCUGAAAAUCUGAGGAUUCCUGUGGUCUUCCAUCCAAUGAAGAAUAUUCGUGAUAUUAUUUGUGAUAAAUGGCUCACAUGUGACUGCAGAACCACUACAAGCUGCAAGAUAUGCAAUAAAGAAAAAUGUAAUAAUCCUAGGACCUAAAACAAAAAGCAGUAGCAACAGCACAGGGUAUGCUGUUUGUUCAUUAUUUAAAAUUCCUAUUUACAAGGUGAAAUAUAUCAAUAUAAAUGUAGUUAUUUUUUUAAAGGAUGUAUUUAAUGAAUAUGUUAUUACACACGAGGCCUCUGCUUAGUGAAUGCACAAUGCUUCAUCUGAAUAAUAGCACUACACUCGACCUAAGAACCGUGAAACAUGUUGGUGUUGGUGUUGUGUUCAAGUGCUCCGGGAGUCUUUGUUUCAUUGUCU